GGGGUUCCCUCCCCACUCCGGGCCUCCUGUGCCCUUCGCCUAGUCAGAGAAGGGUAGGCUGUAUCUCCCUGAGGCUCCUCCCCGGCCCCUGAAACCUUGGUUCUAGAGACGCCUCCGCCUAUUCCCAGCUGAGGGGUGAUGCCACCGGGGAGGUGUCCAGACCCCGAAUGUCUUCGAAUCCCUCCCUGGUAAAGGGAGGGGGAUGCUGCGGGAAAGGCUGGGCGGGGCGCAGGCGCCCCACGCCUGCUCGGAUUCGUACACCACAGGAGGAAGACCUCAACCGGUUGGGUAGGGAGGGUGCACCCCCCACCCGCGACAUCGCGCUCCGCAGUGCCUGGCUCGCCCGCGCACGCUCACUCAGGCCGCUGGGCGGGCGGGGCUGCGCUGACGUCAUCCACACUCCGCUCCCCCUCCCCGCCAGCUGAGGGGCGGUGGCCGCUCAGGCUACGCCGGGCGGCUGUACGGACAGACGGACCGAGGGACAGAGGGACCAGGCGGGCGCUCGUCGAGGCCAUGCCCGGGGAGGCUGCCCGCGCCGAGUUACCGCUGCCUGAGGCUAGUGGGCCUGGGCCCCGCACAGAGCUCUCCUGUGAUGCAGCUGCUGCCACCAUCCUGAGAGAGGACCGGCAGGAGCCCCAUGCCCUGAUCCCAGAGCCCAGCUCCCUGACCCUCACGUUCCUGCCCAGCAAGCCAGGUGCCCGGCCCCAGCCUGAGGGAGCCAGCUGGGAUGCAGUGCCUGGUGGGGCCCCUUCAGCCUGGGCAGACCCAGCGGAAGGCAGCCCAAACCCAACACUCCUCUCUGAGGGCCCCCUCCCACAGGCUUUGCCUGAUGAGGGUCAGCCCCCUGAGGCUCUGCUCACUAAGGGCCCUCUCCCUGUCACCCUGGAGCCCCGGAUUGUGAUGGGCGAGGAGACAUGCCAGGCACCCCAGUCACCCAGGGCAGGCCUACCAGUGCUCAGGGAUCAGGAGGGUGGGCUUACCAACCUGUACCCACCUCCUGAGUUGUAUUCUCAGGGUGAUCCUCCUGUGCCUUUCCCUCCCCCAGACCCUGAUUCCUACUUCACCCCUCCCUCCACUCCCACCAAGACAACCUACAUCCUGCUUCCCAGCCAUGGGCCCCAUAGGGACACCUGGGACCCAGAGGAUGAGCUGCUGGAUGAGCUGCUGGACUCCCCACCUGCCUCGCCCUCAGGCUCAUACAUCACGGCAGAUGGGGACAGCUGGACCUCAUCACCAUCCUGUUCCCUCAGCCUGCUGGCCCCAGCUGAAGGGCUGGACUUCCCCUCAGACUGGGGCCUCUCCCCACAGGGCUCUGUUGCAGAUGAACAAGAGCCCAAUCCCACUGUGCCUCCCGAAUCCCUAUCUUCUGAGUCUAGUCUUUCUGCAGACAGUAGCUCUUCCUGGGACCAGGAGGGCCACUUCUUCGACCUGGACUUCCUAGCCAAUGACCCAAUGAUCCCUGCAGCCCUCCUGCCCUUCCAGGGGAGCCUCAUCUUCCAGGUGGAGGCAGUGGAGGUGACACCACUGCCCCCAGAAGAGGAGGAGGUGGCAGCUAAUGUUCCUGCUCCAGAUGGGGACCUGGCCGGAGAGGGUGAGGAGGAUAGUACAUCUUCCUCCUUCCUGCAGUCACUAUCUGACCUGUCCAUCAUUGAAGGCAUGGAUGAGGCCUUUGCCUUCCGGGAUGACACUUCUGCAGCCUCCUCUGACUCGGACUCAGCCUCCUAUGCAGGGGCAGAUGAUGACAGGCUGUAUAGUGGGGAACCCCAUGCCCAGCCCAGUGCCCUGCUGCAGGACAGUGCCCAGAAGACAGAGCAGGAACAUAGAAGGGGGACUGCUUUCUGGAGCCCAGAGGCCACAAGAACAGUAACCAACCCUCAGGUCUCAGAGGGAGAGGCUCAUCUCGUCCACAGCCAGGAAUCAACUUCAGAAAUGGAAGAAGGCCUUGCUUUAAGCCAAGAGUCUGAAACUACUGUGACCCCUCAUACUCUGCAGGCAGCCCUAGGCCUUCAGAUGGAGGCGGCUUCCAGGGUGCCCCCUCAGGUUGGUGAAGAAGAAGCUGACUCUACCACUGGACAAGCACCUGCCACCAGGGCACUGCCUCAGCUUUCCAAGGAGGUGAUGAGUGCUACCUUAGGUCAGGAGCCCAUCAUUGUAGAACCACAACCAGUUCUUCAAGAAGCAGCAAGUCCCACCUUGUACACAGAGCCUCCUGAGAACUCAAAGGAAGAGGACGGAGUUCUCCCCUCAGGCCUGGAGACUGUAGUUGCAGCCACACAGGGGCUCCAGCAGGCUGAAGGGGGUGUCAUUCUACUCGAGGACUCUCCUGAGGCAGCACUUUCACCCCUUCAGGAAGCAGAUCCCACCUCAGGCCUAGAGCCUAUGGCUGGGGCCACACCAGAGCCCCAGCAGCCUGAAGAGAUUGUCACCAUACCCCAAACGCUUCCACCCCUGAAAGAUGCAGAUUCCACAUGGGGCUUAGAAACCAUGGCUGGGGCCAUAACAGAGCCCCAGCAGGCUGAAGGGAGGGUCACCAUACCCCAGGAUCCCUCUGAGACAGAACUUCCACCACUGCAAGAUGCAGAUCCUACCUUGGGCCUAGAGCCUGUAGCGGCAGCCACACCAGGGCCUCAGCAGGCUGAAGAAAGUAUCACUAUACCCCAGGACUCCCCUGCAACAGAACUUCCACCCCUGCAACAUGCAGAAUCCACCUUAGGCCUGGAAUCUGUGGCUGGGGCCAUAAUAGAGCCCCAACAGGCUGAAGAGUGUGUCACCGUACCCCAGAACUAUACUGAGACAGAACUUCCACCUGGGCAAGAUGCAGAUGCCACCUCAGGCCUGGAAUCUGUGGCUGGGGCCAUAACAGAGCCCCAGCAGACUGAAGAGUGUGUCAUGAUACCCCAGGACUCCCCUGAGACAGAACUUCCAUCCCUGCAAGAUGCAGGUCCCACCUCGGGCCUAGAGCCUGUGGCUACAACCACACCAGGGCCCGAGCAGGCUGAAGAGAGUGUCACCAUACUCCAGGACUCCCCUGAGACAGAACUUCCACCCCUGCAAGAUACAGAUCCCACCUUGGGCCUAGAACCUCUGGCUGAAGCCACACCAGGGCUUCAGCAGGCUGAAGAGUGUGUCACCAUACUCCAGGACUCCCCUGAGACAGAACUUCCACCCCUGCAACAUGCAGGUCCCACCUCAGGACUGGAGUCUGUGGCUGGGGCCAUAACAGAGCCCCAGCAGGUUGAAGAGAGUGUCAUCGUACCCCAGGACUCCCCUGAGACAGCAUUUUCACCCCUGCAAGAUACAGAUCCCGCCUUGGGCCUAGAACCUCUGGCUGAAGCCACACAAGGGCUUCAGCAGGCUGAAGAGUGUGUCACCAUACUCCAGGACUCCCCUGAGACAGAACUUCCACCCCUGCAAGAUGCAGAUCCCACCUCAGGCUUAGAACCUCUGGCUGAAGCCACACCAGGGCCCCAGCAGGCUGAAGAGAGUGUUACCAUAUCCCAGGACUCUUCUGAGACAGAACUUCCACCCCUGCAAGAUGCAGAUCCCACCUCAGGCCUAGAGCUUGUGGCUACAGCCACACCAGGGCCCCAGCAGGCUGAAGAGUGUGUUACCAUAUCCCAGGACUCUUCUGAGACAGAACUUCCACCCCUGCAAGAUGCAGGUCCCACCUCAGGCCUAGAGCCUGUGGCUACAGCCACACCAGGGCCCCAGCAGGCUGAAGAGAGUGUCACCAUACCCCAGGACUCCCCUGAGACAAAAUUUCCACCCCUGCAAGAUGCAGGUCCCACCUCAAGCCUAGAGCUUGAGGCUGCAGCCACACCAGGGCCUCAGCAAGCUGAAGAGAAUGUCACCAUACCCCAGGACUCCCCUGAGACAGAACUUCCACCUGGGCAAGAUGCAGAUCCCACCUCAGGUCUGGAGCUUAUGGCUGGGGCCAAACCAGAGCCCCAACAGGCUGAAGAGAGUGUCACCAUACCACAGAGCUCCCCUGAGAGAACACUUCCACCCUUGCAAGAUGCAGGACUCACCUUAGCCUCGGAGCCCAUGGCUGGAGACACCCAUGGGGCCCCAGGGAAUAAGCUAAUGGCUUCUGUGACCCAGCAGGAAUUAGGUCUGGCCUUAGAACUAAGGCCAGAGCCUGGGGAGCAUGAUGCAGGCCCUGAUGGAGACCCAGAGCCUUCAGCCUUGAACCAGACCCAAAAGGAUGGCCCAGAACCAACUGCAAAGACUGGAACUCCUUGGGCCCCAAGGGAAGAGGCAGGUCCCACCUUAGGCAUGGAGGCUCCUGGUCCCCCUGAACCUGCCUCUGGCACUGGAAAAGAAGUAGCUGUGGACCUUUCAGCACCUGAGGGGGAAAUAUGUCUUGAAGCCUGUGUGUACGUGGGUGAUGGGGCCAAGACCCAUUCGCCUCCAAAGGAGGCCCUGGGGGCUAAGAACAAGAGGAGUGUAGGCCCCAAGCCACCAGCACAGGAAGGUGGGCCUGCAUCAGUGCCCCAAGGUGUGAGAGAGGCUCCCAAGGCAUGUCCUACUGCCUGCCCUGAGGUCACACAGGCACAGAUCCUGAGCCCAGCCAAGAAAGGAAGGGGUCUGAGCAGCAAGGCCACCCUGGAACCCAGACUUCCCUUAGCUGGGGCCAAAGAGGCCAGGCUAAGUUCAGGCCCAAAGUUCCCAGCAAAGGCUGCAUCCAGCCUGGACAGGGACUUCCCUAAAGAGCUUACCCCUUCUGUAUCACCUUCCCAGUGGUUGGAGCCUUCGCUAGGCCUGGGCAAUGGAAAGCAGCCUCAGAGAACACCUGGUAUGCUCAAAUCCUCCCCACUACAACUCCCAGAAAACCCUGCCAGGGGCCGGCCUCGUACACCUCAAAACAGGCUAUCAGACCCUGACCCCUCUGAUCCUGGUGUUCUUGCUGAGGAAGCCCCACUGGCCCUGGGACCCCCUAACUCUCGCUUGUGCCAGAACCCACAGGAAGACUCUGUGGAGAGUGAGGAGCCACCAGCCUCUCGGGGCCUUCACGUGUCUCGGGCAGUAGCCCAGGGGGCCACUGCUGCUGCUGCUGCCUCAGGAAACACCCAGCCUCUGGGGACAGGGCAGCAGAUCAGCCUCUCCCGCCACCACCCACUCCUCAUCCCCAAGGCGGCCCCCACGGAUGCCAAAGACCUGGCCUCUCAGAUCUCGCCACCCAGCCAAGUGCCUCCUCCCUCUGGGACCCAGAGCCUAUCGAGCCCUCAAGGGCUCCCAGCCCUAGAACAGCAAGAGGACGAGGACAGCCUGGAAGAAGACUCACCUCGGGCCCUGGGCUCAGGCCAGCACUCGGAUAGUCACGGGGAGUCGUCAGUGGAGUUGGACGAGCAGGACAUCUCAGCGCCUCAGAUGGUGCAGUGCCCAUCCCAGGCCCCAACAGGCAGCAGUGAGGAGACCAUCGCCAAAGCCAAGCAGAGUCGCAGUGAAAAGAAGGCUCGAAAAGCAAUGUCGAAACUGGGCUUGCGGCAGAUUCAGGGAGUCACCAGGAUCACUAUCCAGAAGUCCAAGAACAUCCUCUUUGUCAUCGCCAAGCCUGAUGUCUUCAAGAGCCCCGCCUCAGACACCUAUGUGGUCUUUGGCGAGGCCAAGAUUGAGGACCUAUCCCAGCAAGUGCACAAAGCUGCAGCAGAGAAAUUCAAGGUGCCCUCGGAGUCCUCAGCCCUGGUCCCUGAGUCGGCACCUGGAUCCCGGGUGAGGCCAGAGUGUGAGGAAGAGGAAGAGGAGGAGGACGAGGAGGAGGUGGACGAGGCAGGCUUAGAGCUGCGUGACAUUGAGCUGGUGAUGGCCCAGGCCAAUGUGUCCAGGGCCAAGGCUGUGCGGGCCCUAAGGGACAACCACAGUGACAUCGUCAAUGCCAUCAUGGAACUGACAAUGUAGCUGCUGGCCAGAAGCUGGGUACAUCCUGCUCCAUCCCCCAGCUCUGCUGUCCAAUAAAUUGGUGUCCCAUCAUCA